AUGAAGAAUGUUAGCAUAUGUUUGGUGCUCAGAGAGAUUCCUACAAAUCCCACAUAUCUCUCAAUUGGUACUGUCAAAGCUAUCAGUUCCUGCCUAUCAGUCAUAGCCACUGUCUUGAUAGGAUUUCGCUUUUAUCACUUCACAGCAUUUCAUUGGAACGUGCAGGCUUUGUACAUUUAUAAUCUUAUUGACGAAAAAUCUCCUUGUUCGCUUAUCUACUAUGCAGCGGAAUGUUCUUGGCUUAACAUCCCGCUGAUCACGUGCAUUAUCGGUUUCAUCUUGAUACAGGCUGCCUUUACUAUCGAAAGACUCAUAGCAACAUAUCGACUUGGAAAUUACGAGCGAAGAGGCAAAUAUGUGGGGCCCAUCAUGGCUGUUGUAGUGGCGCUAUUGUCGGCAGUAUGCGCGAGAUGGGGACUCGGUUCUACGGAUCCAAAUGAGUUGCAAUUCUUCUGUGCAGCCAUACCAAAUUCCUCAACAUCUAGAAUGAGCUUAAUAUAUAUGAGGUUCCGUCUAGAACUACGUUAUGAAAUACAAGAAAAUCUAAAAGUACUACGCAUCCUUUUUCCUAUUGCCAUAACCCAUUUUCUGGUGUUCGGCAUCUUCAUGCUAGGGAACGUCGUAGUACGGAGUUUCCGCGAAAAAAUGCCUCUCAAGAUUUUUGCUAUAUCAAUGGCUUCAGUACAUAUUAUGCCAUAUUAUUUCUUAAUAUUAUCAACUUGGAUCUAUGUAGUUUUACGACGGGAGUCACUAAAGGUUUUGGAAUUUCGACAAGCUAUAGCUCGCCCCGAACGCAACAAGGAGCGCGAUGUAUAUUUUGACUCUCUACAGAAACAGUGUUUCGAAGAGUAUGAAAGGGAUGAGCUGGAUGAGGUGGAUGAAGUAAUGGCUUGUGCCAAGGAGAUGUUGUGA